CCUGCCGGCCGAUCUCCAAAGCGGCUACUCCGGGCGCCUCCGCCGGCCCUGCAGAGGGAGCUCUGGCCGCCCGGCGCCCGCCAAGGGAAGAGGCCAUGCCGCCCGCCACAGCAGCCAGCCCGGAGUGCGCCUUGUGCCAGGCAUUCGUGCGCCUGAAGGGACUGGCCGUGCUCGCCAUGGGUACCGGAGUGGCCUUUGCUGUUCUCAGGAAGCCUCUUCCCCUCCCCUGGAGCGCGCUCUUCUCUCUGGCUCUGGCUGCCUUACCCACCUAUGCAAUUACCCGGAGGCAGCUGAAGAACUGUGCUGACUUGUGGGACUUCCAGACCCCCCCCCCCAAAGGUAGCCCAAAGGUGAGCAAUGGGGAGGGGUGUUGAAGCUGUUCAAAGGCUGCAGCCACUUUGCAAAUAUCCGCCAGGCAGGACUCCGAAGGCUGCUUAGGGAAAGCAAAGCACCCACUUCGGAUUCUGUGCAAUGUGUGAACAAGGCCUGCGUUGAGUGUCAAGGUGCUGGCAAAGGCUGGCAGAUUUUAUGCCCUUGGAAUAAAGGACACUCAGAGAC